CGGAGUCCCUCGCUCUCCGCUCCCUCCUUGCGGCUACAGUUGGGACGGGGGCGGGGCCACCACGUGGGGCCGUGAAUCGGGGGAGGAACAGAGUUUUACCCGCGCGGUGUUUUGCACUUCGGGCCUCGGGCAUUUGACUUGCACUUGUACAGCGCUCGGCUGCUCGAUUGCAUGGGGCUCCAAUUUGUUGUCCUUCAUGGCGCUGCGGUUUUGAUUCCGUUUCCGGAGACAGCUUGCGAGGCAGCGAAGGAAGGGGGACAGUGGGCAGCCGCUCGGAUGCAAAACGUUUCUAUUCGCUUGAGCGUCUUUCUUUCAGCAAUCCCACUCGAUGGAGGACGCAGGGAGAGGGUCGGGGAAAGCAAGCACGGCGCAGAGGAAGUUUCAGACCUUUUUUUCCAGACGGAGAGGAAGAGGAAAAGGAAGCACUCCGAACGUUGGAUCAUGAUGACUACGGAGCGACUAAUUCGAUUUGCUAGCGCCAGGUUGGUGGAGUCUGUGGACCGUCACGGUGACAAUCGAGAUUCGAGUCAAAGGGUGGGGAUAUAGAGGAAAGAUGAUCGAUGCUGCUGCUACUUCUUCUUCUUCUUCUCGUUCGCAAAUGUGAGCUGCCCCUUUACAUAAUAGGACGAUGGGCAAAAGUCUGAUCGCCUUAUGGCAUUUCCUUUAACUUCUAGUGGGGCGAGGUUUGUCAAAGUUCCAUUACGAUUUUCUUUUGCACAUAGAGCUUUUUCACGAGAGAUGAAGAUAAGGCAAAUUUUACUCUAGGAUUUCAUUUAUUCCACGAUUAGCAGUGAUACAUUUACCAUUUAUUUCACGAAGAGGUAAAGAAAGUGUACUUUAUCUGUAAAGGGUAUAAAAUCACCGGGUCUCAAUGUGUCAAAUGUAUAUGCCAGUGACACAUUCUCAUGCUACAACCACACGAUGUAUCAUCAGUUUGCUAAAGGUUGAGGAUGGAUCUACAGACCAAUUCGACUCUCUAGAUUUGUUCUACGUGAGGCUUUAUUUUCGGACCAGGUAGGUGCAUGUGGAUGUUGCAGGUUUUCAGGUUCCCCAUCUGUUAGCACCUUGGUGCCAUUAAAAGAAUACAAUUUGCG